AUGGUUCUUCCUCACAAACCUCCGGACACAAACCCCAGAGGUCGCGGGGGUCAACCUCAGCCUGAGGUAAAGGAGGUGUCAUCAUCAGUGCUGAAGGAGGACGAGGUGCGGUGGAUCACCGUCCCGGCCGUGUGGAGGCAGCCAGCCAAGCAGUUCAUGCGUGAGGCGGCCUACCUGGCUGGACUGGUGCAUCCAGACACCCCUGAGCAGCUCCUCAUCGCUCUGGAGCCCGAGGCCGCCUCCAUCUACUGCCGCAAGCUCCGUCUCCACCAGAUGAUUGACCUCAGCCAGCGACCAAUGACCAACGGCAUGGACCUGGAUGGGUCCCGCCUCUUUGACUCCAGCUUUAGGCAAGCGCGCGAACAACUGAGGAGAUCCAGGCACAGCCGCACCUUCCUGGUGGAGAGCGGGACGGGGGAGCUGUGGUCGGAGAUGCAGACAGGUGACCGGUACAUAGUGGCAGACUGUGGAGGAGGAACAGUAGACCUGACCGUCCACCAGAUUGAGCAGCCACAGGGGACACUGAAAGAGCUGUACAAAGCCUCAGGCGGUCCGUAUGGUGCCGUGGGGGUGGAUCUGGCCUUUGAGGCCCUCCUCUGCCAGAUCUUUGGGGCCGACUUCAUCGACAGCUUCAAAGCCAAGAGACCUGCCGCCUGGGUGGACCUCAUGAUCGCCUUCGAGGCCCGGAAGAGGACCUGCGCCCCGGGCCGGGCCAACGCCCUCAACAUCUCCCUGCCCUUCUCCUUCAUCGACUUCUACAAGAGGCACAAGGGGCAGAGUGUAGAGACCGCCCUGCGCAAGAGCAAUUCGAACAUCGUUAAAUGGUCAUGUCAGGGAAUGCUGCGGCUCACUCCUGAGGCCAUGAACGAGCUCUUCCAGCCCACCAUCAGUAACAUCAUCAAACAGAUCGAGGAGCUCAUGCAGAAACAGGAAGUACAGGGCGUGCGCUUCCUCUUCCUGGUGGGCGGUUUCGCCGAGUCGCCCAUGCUGCAGCGGGCCGCGCAGAACGCCUUGGGCCGGUCCUGCCGCAUCAUCAUUCCCCAAGACGUGGGCCUGACCAUCCUGAAGGGGGCGGUGCUUUUCGGUCUGGACCCCACGGUGGUACGCGUCCGGCGCUGCCCGCUGACCUACGGCGUCGGGGUCCUCAAC